CGUUUGCGGUAUGCGGCGUUUUUGUGCUAAUUUCAUUAGACGGUCAUUGACUUAUUGGUUUCCUGACUAGAGCAAACACAUUUACAUUAGUCGACAGGCCUCUCAUGCAGAGUGCGGCGAUUUCCGUACUUUGACUUUAUAGUCAAACUGAAAGAGUUUAUCGAUCGCACUAUGCGUGCGGGCCCUAUCGACUAAUGUAAAUAAGCCAUUAUAAAAGUCAACAGUUAAUACAAAAACCGCUAACUUGAUUUUAAUUUUGUUUUCUGAUUAAUUUUUGUUUUGGUCCAUAUUUUAAUUAUUAUAUGUUAAAUAUAAUAAAAUCUACAUCAUGAAACUUCCUUAUUCAAAGAAAAUUUUAAUAAUUCUUCUACUUUCAUCUUCGAUGUAGAACUCUUUUCGUAAUUGUUUAUCUGCGCAUUUCACUCAAUUUUGCCCAUGUCAAGUGAAUAAAUUAAUUCUUGAGCAAUUCUCCCAUGGACCAUCGCCAUCUUUCAUUCAUUUCAUAUUCAUUUUACAUGUAAAAUUAAUUUAUUCUCUUGACAUUGGCAGAAUUGUGAGAAAUGCACAGAUUAGCCAUUAAUAAUAAAAGAAGAAGAAGAGUAACUCUCGCAAUUCUCAAAUGACAGAUGACAGCUAAUACAACCAUCAAAUAUAUUAUUCCUCUUUGAACAAAUAGCAAAUAAUUUUUUUUGUAAUCAUCAUAAGAUUGACUUGACUUGAACGCCGAACUGACAAAAGUUUGCUUAUAAUGAAUAGCUUCGUCUAUCAGUGAAACAAUGCCCUGCAAGUGCUCAGGGUAUCGGUUGGAGAAAUGUCGGUGCAAGCUGGUGGGGCCAGCGUUACCCGUCAGUUCCGUGGACGGGCAAGUCAUGUUCCUGACGCCGAAAGACAGCGGUUUUUUUAAGCCGCCCAGGUAUUGUCCGUUCCGCGGUCACGUGGGCUCUGAGAACUGCUUCGGCGAGGCACUCAAAGAUCUGAUGGUGCUGGCGUGUUUCGUGGUGGCCAACCUGGUGGUGUUCGCCACCAUCGUGACGCGCAUGACCGUGCACGUGUCGUUCGUGGUCGCCGGUGUCGUCAGCUGGAUCAAGAGGUCGCUUGCCAACAAAGUGCAGUCGAGCACCAACGAAACCGGCUCGCUGGGCCUUAGGAACCGCCACGACUUUUCACCGCCAGCGUUUAGAACUUAA